AUGCCCGCGGUCUCUGUCCUUUACAAGGGAGCCAUCAUCAUCAGCAGGAGCAGGGUUGGGAUGCAGGGAUUGCUGGAAGAGCCCAGGAUGCCGUCGCUGAAAGCUGCUCCUCUUGUCUCCCCCAGGACACUCAUGGGACCGUACGGGAUGGAUCGAACCGUGCACUGCUUCGACUUCUACGAGUGUGCAAAUGGUCUGGGCAUUAAGGUCAUCGGUGGCAUCAAGGAACUCACUGGAGAGGAAUAUGGAGUUUAUGUCAAGAGGAUCCUUCCAGGGGGUGUUGCUUACGCAGACGGGCGCCUGCAGCCAGGAGACCAGAUCCUGGAGGUCAAUGGAGAUUCCCUAAUUGGGGUUACAAGCGAGAGGGCUGUGGACAUCCUGAGGACGGCGUCGGCCACCAGCCACAUGCGCCUUCUGAUAGCCCGCGAUGACGAUGCCAGGAGAGAGUUCUCUGAGCUGCUGGAGAAGUUCGGCUCCCAGAGCAACACGGGCUCAGCGCGGAGCUCACCGAUCCUGCACGGCGGCAGUCGAUACCUGGAGAGCACCUCCUCAGGCUCAUCCUCACGCUCCCAGAGCCCGCUGCUGCUGAGCCCUGCCAGCUCCCACGGCCCCUUCCUCGGGAGCCUGGCGCACGCUCCUCACGCACACUACUGCAUUGACUCUGGGAUCCAGAGCAUUUCUAUAGCAAACUCCUCCGGCUUGGGGCUGACAAUCAGUGGUGGAUCCAACAGGCCUGACGGACCCAUGAUUUAUGUCCAAGAGCUUCUGCCAGAUGGGGACUGUUACAAAGAUGGCCGGCUCCGACCUGGAGACCAACUCAUCGCUAUCAACAGAGAUUCUCUGGUGGGCAGCACACAUGAGGAGGCCAGAAAAAUAAUUGAAAAAGCCAAAUUCAGACACGAGGGAAGCACAGAAGUGGCCUUUAUUCCUGGGAGGGGACGGUUACAUCCGGGACUGUCAGUUCACAACAACAUCCCAUCCCCGCCUCCAAAGGCUGUGGGAAAUGGCCUGAGCUCCUGCAGGCUGAAGGUCCACGUGAGGUCCCCAGAGAAUAGGCGUGAAAAUUCUUUUCCUGUGCCUUCUUUGUCACCGGACAUUUGCCCACCAGAGCUUACAGUCUCAGCACCUGCUUCUGCUUCUAACUACAAAGCAGCUUCAGGCACCAAACCUAAAGUAGCACUGGAUCCCCAUAUCCGGCUCAAGGAUGCAAAACUGGAACUGGUUCUGCAGUAUCUUGGUCUGGAUGUGACUGAGGAGAAGAAGAGGCAGCUCCGGCAAAGCCUGACCACGGACUCGCAGGGAACUGUGGCCUAUGGAGAUGUUCUCCAAGCACUCAGGGAUCUGAUGCAGGAGGAGCUGGAUGAGGCUGGUCUGGAUUCCAGCUCCGUGCUCUUCACUCAGCAUGAAGUGGCCAAUUUGCUGGAUACAUCAGCUUUUCACUCCCCGACUUUUGACUCUCUCAACUGCAAUGGCAGCGAGGACCUGGAGCAGCUGCAGCUGGAGAUGAGGGAUCUGCGGCACGAAGUCCGCAGGCUGAAGUCUCUCCUGAGAGAAGUGGAGAGCAGCAAGAAGUUGAUGGAGGAUGAGCUCCAGAGGCUGAACCAAAAAGCGCUGGGGUUCCUGUCAGAGAACCGGACCCUGCACAGCAAACUGCAGAUGGCCGAGGUGGUGCAGAGACAGGCUCACAGCGCAGAGCAGGACUACGAGGAAGUGAUCCACCUGCUGGAGGCUGAAAUUGCAGAACUGAAGAUGCAGCUGGCAGGGAAAAAAGCAAAGCAUGUCUCUGAAAUAGAGGAGGACAUCCUGGAGCUGAAGAGGCAGCUGUCCCUGGCUGAUGGCCAGCUACGAAAAUCCGAAGUGUCACGGAAACGCCUGGAGAUCUGCAAUAGGAAGCUGCUCCUGUUUGUGCAGAACAUUCACAAGGUCCUGAGCACACACAGUCAUUUGCCAGAUGAGAAAAGCGUCAACCAUGAAACAGAAGAGGAUAAAACAGAUGCAGUCUCAGACACAUCUCUUCCAUCUUCAGAUCUUGUUGACCUUUUGCUAUCAGAAGCUAAAGAACUGUUAGCACCAAUGCUCUCCAGCAAGGACGCUCUGCCAUGGGACAGGGACCAGUGCCUGCCUGCUGAAGGAAUCCCAAAUUACAAGGACCACCUUCAUCAGAAGACCACGUGGCCCCCUCCUGCAGGCCAGACCAAGAGUGACCAACCACAGUCACCAAGCCCAACAGAACUGCCUAAGAAGCCAACAUAAAUAUCCCAUGGCUUGGUGGUGCUCCCAACCACGGCCACCCAUGCCAUGGGAGAAGGGAAAGACACCCC